CCAAAUUUCUCCAGUCAGUUUCCGUUAGAUUCGGGGUAGAGAUGAUUCGCGUUUGUGUUUUACAGAUGAAACUUUGUUGAAUAAGAAUGGACAGAAGAAGAUCGGAUAGUGUUUAAAUAAUAUUCAUCUGCCUCAUAGAGCUCUAAAAUGGCCAUACGGGAAUUAAAAGUUUGUCUUCUAGGGGAUACAGGUGUUGGAAAAUCAAGUAUUGUUUGUCGGUUUGUUCAAGAUCACUUUGAUCACAACAUCAGUCCAACUAUAGGUGCUUCAUUUUUAACCAAGACCGUCCCAUGCGGGAAUGAACUUCACAAGUUUCUGAUCUGGGACACAGCCGGGCAGGAACGAUUCCAUUCAUUGGCUCCCAUGUAUUACAGAGGCUCUGCAGCAGCUGUCAUUGUGUAUGAUAUCACUAAGCUGGUGAGUUUCACUACAGGAGACUUUUGUAUAAGUCGACAGAUUCCACCAUUGGAAGGCACGGAUGCUGAAAGUAACGAAUCUUUCAAACUGACACGACAAACUCCUCCUUCCACCAAACGCUGCUGUUAAACACCCGUCACUCCCGCAGUUACGCCACAAACACUCCGUCCCACUAACUGCAGCAGUGCACAUGCUAGUGCCUUACUAUAGUGUACUACAUAGUGUACUACUGUAAACAUGCUUCCUGCGCGUUUAUAGACAAUGAGGAAUUCGACGAUAUUACUUUGCCUUGUCAUUUACAGCACAAUAUCUGUCCAUUGCACAAAUAUUAGGUUGAAAUAUCACUUUGAAAAAACAAUUUGGAUAUGGUCUAAUGAAGAUGAACGGAUUAGUUUUAUACAUUUGUAUUGAAACCAUUUUUCAUAUAUUUUCUAAGAAUGUACACAAGCUCAAGUGCCUUAUGGCAUUAGUUUGCUAUUUUUUUACAUGUUCUAAUGCAAAACUUUUAUUUUUUGUUUAUAACUAACUUGAAUUUAUUUGAUCACUUUAAAUUCCCAUCAUGUGUUCGUUGAUGUUUAUACGUAAUAUAGGUACAGGCAGAAUAAAAUAACUGGUGAACGGCACAGAAACAGUUAAAAAACAUCUGAUUUAUUACUGAACUUCGUAACGUGUGUGAACGUUUUUAGGCUAUGUUAUAUUAUAAAUGUAGUUAAAUAUAUCAGAAACAUCAGGCAAAAUAAUAAUGCAAAACACCUUUUUAAGUGACAGUUCCUUUGACCUUCCCUUCCUUUAAGGAGAGAGAAAUGUGGAAAUAUGCCACCAGAGGGCAGAAUUUACUGUGAAAGGAAUGAUUCCGUUAAAAAAGUCCCAGGGUCUCUGGUUAUAGCUUAAUUGGAAAAGCGAGUUAGUAAAGUUUGAGUAAAAGUCUGUCACUUACAGUACAAUCGUUUCAAAGUCACUAAUUUAAGCAUUUAUUUAGAGUACACACAAGUACAAGAUUUGUAAGGGUACAUUAAACUCUUAAAACAAAAUAAGUUUUUCUUAAAAAUGACCUCACAUACUCCUAGAUCAGUUCUCCGUUGUCAUGCCCUGUUGCUGGCGCCUCAUUUCGCCACCUGAGGGCGCUAUGCUACUCUGUACUGCCUGUGUUUUUGUAAGGACUCCGGUUCCCAUCAUGCUUUGUCUCGUUAUCGUGUAUAUGUCUCACCUAUGUCUAAUUACCUGUUUGUACUUUCAUCUGUGUAUAUAUAGCCCUGGGGCAUGUUCAAACUCAAACCGGUGCGCAACAUUUUGCUACGGUUUCCGGGUUGAACGACAUGUUUCCUGGAAACGGUUUGCAACAGGGUUUGAGAUACAUUUUCUCUUGUUUGGUGGGUGUGUCAAGAAUUUCAGCCCAAUCAGCAGCAACAUGUGUAUAACCCACGUGGUGUUAAAGCGACAGCUCGCGCAAUGGGAAGUAAAGUUGUUUACAAUGUGUCUGCUGCAGCUCGGUAUGCGCAACAAUUGAAGAUAUUAGAAGAGAUGUAUUUUACAAUAUUAAACACGCAUUUAUAUCGAUUUCAUCAGUCUCCGAAAUUCUUCAAAAAGAACUCAAAGAAUGGCCUUCUCAGCUGCCAUAGUUAAACUCUUGCGUCAUCACAACAGGGUGUUCAAUCGCACCACCGUUUAUGUUUAAAAAACGUUUUGCCACGUUUUGUCGGGGCUGAACGCAGCCCUGGUGUUAAGUUGUCUGUUGUGAGUCGUUGUUGUAUGUGCUCCCUCGUGUUUCUCGGGCCAUUGAGCCACCUUUAUGUGUCUUUUUGAUAAAAUAUUUUACUGCACGUGGAUCCGCUCCGCGACAUCUGUCUAUCAGAAAUCUAGUAUAUCUAAUGCUGUUAUUUGUUUAGAUCGUUGCAAAAAAAAUCUUGUUUAACUUCUUCGUUGUUUGUACAAUGUCAAAUUAAUUAUAAUGUAUCCUGUAUCUGGAUAAUGUCAUGUGAUGUCAAGCGUUUUUCAUUACACAUUUUGGUCGUUCCUUGUAUUUGUAUUGUUUAAACAUAUCUUUCGUCAGUUAACUUAAACUGCUCUUGUGUGAUGUGGUGAUAAUGGUAUGAAGCACAGUUUGUACCGGAUGUCAUUAAUAAACCAUGCGUGCAUUAUGUGCACAUUUUCACCUGUAUGGUAUUUCCUGUUUUUUCCCCACUGUAAUUUAUUUAAUUUUUCUGAUAUAUUGUUCCAAAAGGAGGAAAAGCAAACCAUAGUUCCCUUUCUGUCGGUCUCUCGACGUUGUGUCGAACCGACAGAUGGGGUGCGUCCCUGAGAACCAA